AUCAUGAAGAAGAAUGUACUAAAAGUCCUGGAGGAGAGAUGGAAAUGUUAUAGACAUAGAUUCGUACCCUGGAUUGCUUUAAAUCUGAGGAAAAAUGAGAGAACCCUCCGCCAGGUGAGACACGGAUCCGAAGACAAGCGGUUGGAUGAUGACCGAGUCCUUUUAUCCCUCGUAGGAGUUUUCACCGAGUUGCUUAGAAACGACGCGUGUAAUCAAACUGAACAGCUUCGCCUGCUGCCAGCGGCCUCGCGCCGUCAGUACUACAUUACCCACAAUGCCGCGGUGCGCAGACCGGAAGUGGCGCCUCGCGAGAUUAUGCUGCACACACUGGGCUUCUGUGUGGAGAAAAUGGCCAGCUCGCUGCAGAAUGCGGGCAUUGGGGUGUUUGUUACCCGGGGACAGGUGCCCAAAGGUGUACCUGUAGCUAUGUAUCCAGGCACCAUCUAUCAGGCCGACGAGCCAAUUCUCUUCCAGUCCAUUCGAAACCCAUUUGUAUUUCGCUGCAUCGAUGGCGUUUUGAUCGAUGGCAAUGAUAAAGGGCUCUCCAAGCUCGUGUUUCAGUCAUGCAGUGGGCGGGACCGGCUUGGCCCAUUUCGUUUGAGUGACAGCUCGUGGUUCACGCCCCAUCCAGAAAACCCUCUGGCGGUGGGGCAGUAUGUGAACAACUGCUCCAAUGAGAAGGCUGCCAACGUGUGCUAUCAGGAAUUUGACGUGCCUGAGGAUUUUCCCAUAGAACUUCGUCAGUAUCUUCCUAACGUUAAUUACAGACCUGAUAUACAAAGGAGGUUGCGCUGCGUUGUCCUCGUGUCAUUAAGAGAGAUUAACCAGGAUGAAGAACUUUUCUCCAAUUACUACACCAUUGUGCAUGGUUCUUGACAUGAUGACGACCGUGAACAUUUGUGUUAUUAGUUUGUGCUUCCCCCCUCCCUUAUAGAGUACCAGGCAAAAGUUUAUACACCCCUACUUAUUCAUAGGUUCUGUAUUUUGAUAUUUCUAUUAAACUAUGAAAUAAUCGUA